CGUAACUGCCGAUGAGGCAGACGAGGCAACUGCCUCGUCUGAUUUUUUGGCAAAAAAGAAAAUAAAAGUCAGAGAAAAAGAGGAAAUGAAGAGGGAAAAUUGAGUAGGAAUAGUUAAACUUAUAAUGACAGGUGUUUACUUCAACUUGAUGUGACACUGUCUACAUCAAUAUUGACAUCGAUCUUUUUGUCGGAUUUUUUUCGUCAGUAAACCGGCAUUAGUUCUUGAAUUAUUUAUUUCCCGCGAAAUCGUGACAGUUCACAGUCCUGAGACCGUGGCUAAAUUCAACGGUAAGUGUCAAAACUAUAAUCAUAAUUUAUUUUCGAGGGGUUCGUCAUAUCGGACUCUUUCAGUACAUAGUGAUGCAUUAAACUACGCUCUGAUAAAAUUGACCAGUUACCUGCCAAAGGUCGGUGGCAUGUAAAGUAAAAUUGGAGUGGUACCCUCCGGGUAAUCUGGCUUCCUCUACCGACUAAAUGGUAUGGCUGAAAUACUGCUGAAAGUGACUUAAAUCCCAUUCAACCAGUCAAACAAUCAAAUACACCAACGAACGAAGUUCAGAGGUAUUCAGUCACGUUGACUGCGCUGUCCGUCUUUCUGUGCUAAUUCGCAAUCCCCCAUUGAAUCAUGAAAGUUCUGCUGUUAUUAAUUAAGCUAUCGCUUUAUGAAAAAAAAUCAUUGUUUGUAUGUCUAAUGGUUAGGUCGUAUUCGGAAAAAAAAAUUGUCGAAUGUCCAGAUGAAAUUUACGGGUAAAUGCCACAUUAUAUACUCUUGAAAAUCGGUCUGAUAUUAGUAGCAAAUCCUCGGGACCCGAUAUGAUAAUAGUGAAAUGACCAAUAUUGUUUUUUAUUCUGGUAUUGAUACACAAAAAAAAGUUAAUAAUCUGUCGACGACGCCAAUUGUUUUCUGGUCUGUUUGUCGUUAUUUCAUGUGUAUUGAACAUUUGUAUAAAAAAGGAACGGAUGUUGUGUUGAUUGACAUCUAGUAAUGACUUCUGCUCAAACCGGUGCUUAUUGUUGAUGGGAUCAUUGCGACUUAAAUAUGAAGAACAACAAUAAAAACGUUGUUCCAUUGCGAUUUUACCAUGUAUUUUAUUGGGUCAGGGACUUUGUCUCAUGUACAUUUACCCCUUAUCCUUCAUGUUUUAUGCUUCUGUAGUGUUUAAUAUUUAUUUAUUUACUGCAAUAUCGGUAUUUUUUUUGGUUUUACCUAUGGUUUUAUCCUGGGAGAAUUUCAGAAAUUUCUCACUACAUGUAUAUAUAGUAUUGAUUUAUGAUUUAAUUGUUUGAAAGAGCACUUUGCGAACUGAUGAUAUUGACACUCUAACCGUUAUCACGAAUUGCACAUAUUUUGAUGCAGGUUAUCUGACGCCGGUAGCCAUGUCGUUUAAACAGUCAAAACUGGGGGCGUAUUUCAGUAAACGCACACCCGAGGAAGAUCCACAGGAGCCCCAUGAUCCAUCUAGUUCAACUGAUGUUCCGUCACAAGAACCAACUUCCGAUAUAGAUAUGCAGGAGCCCUCGAGAUCUAGCUCAGAGAAUGUUCCAUCAACCACGAAAAGUCCGUCACCAUCAGAUAAUCCACAAAUGAAUUUCACUCAUCAUGAGGAUCCAAUAAAAUUCAUCGAUAGAAAUCUCACAGAAUACGAACGGCAACAAUUAUUGGAACAUAAAUGGGUACCAGACAGUAAAUUUAGAUAUCCAGUCAACGAACAAGGCAGGCGGUACAACAAUAGCUGGGAAGAAAAAAGACCAUGGUUACGGUAUUCACUUUCAAACGAAAGUGCAUUUUGUGCCUACUGUAUUGCAUUUCCAGUAACAGUAUCAGAAACAAAUCCUGAAUUUGUAAAGAUUGGAUUCAGGGAUUGGAAAAACGCCAUGGGAGAUAAACGAGGCGCAUUAGACAAACAUUCAAAAUCAGAAAGACAUAAAUUAUCCCAAGAAAAAUGUGAGAUGUUUUUGAUGACAAUUAAAGGUGAGAAGGAACAAGUUACAGAAAGUAUUAGUAAAGCACACCAGGAAAAGAUCAAGAGAAACAGAGCAUGCUUGAUAUCCAUAAUAGACGUUAUAAUAAGACUUGGACAUAGAAACAUUGCUUUUCGGGGCAACUGGAUAAAGGAGGACGGUAAAGAAGACGGCAAUUUUCAAUAUUUUAUUGACUGGAAAGCCAAGUUCGAUGAUGUUCUGAGUUUGCAUUUAUCGACAGCACAAUACAAAUAUUUGUCGCCAAAAGUUCAAAAUGAAUUUAUUAAUUUAUGUGAACUGGAAAUUCGUGAAGCAAUAAGAGAUCGUUGUACAGAGUCCGAAUUUUUCAGUGUUAUGGCUGACGAGACAACAGAUGUUUCAGAGAAAGCACAGCUGUCUAUUUGCGUAAGAUAUGUUAAUAUGGAGGAGGACGGUUACAAAGUCAACGAAGAUUUCCUUGGAUUUUUAGAAGUUGACCAAACUGACGCACAGACUAUUAGUGACGUAAUUUUGCAUAAUCUUGGACAGAAUUGGAGUUUCGACCUGACAAAGCUGAGAGGACAAGGCUAUGACGGUUGUGCUACAAUGUCCGGUGCAAUAUCAGGAGUCCAGAAAAGAAUUCAGGAAGCACACCCGGAAGCAAAGUAUUUUGUUCACUGUAAUUCACAUCGUCUUAAUCUGGUAAUAGUCAAUACAUGUAAUAAAGUGGUGGAAGCAAGAAAUGCGCUUACAAUACUUGGUAAAAUAACAUGGUUUAUUUGUGGUGUCAGUAAAAGGAAGGCCAUCUUGAUGAAAGAGGUACAAGAAGCAAACAAAGACCUAGACUUCGACCUACUGUAUGAAAAUGAAGACGCCCUUUUUGAAGCUGCAAUGAGACAAACCAUGAUGCCUAAACUGUCUGAAACGAGGUGGACGUCAAGGGUCGACACUCUUUCUUGGCUUUUGGCUCAUUAUAAGUCCCUUCUGAAUGUUCUUGAAACUGUACAGUCAAAAUCUAAAGGUCAGGCAGCAGCCGAUGCUUCAUCAUAUCAUGCUGUAUUACUGAAAUUUGAUUUUAUCGUUGUUGUAGUUAUGCUACAGUACACGCUUGGCUACAUUAGACCAUUGUCAAUACUUCUCCAGUCUGAGAGUUGUGACCUGGUGAAGGCUCAUCAAGAGGCGCGUGAUCUUUUGUUGAUUUUUCAAGGAAUAAGGUCUGAUUCAGAUAGAAAGUUUCAUGAUCUGUAUGAGAGAAGCGAAUCGAUCGGUGAUGAAAAUAAUGUUGUGCCAACAAAGCCACGAAUCGCACAACGGCAAAGACACAGAGCAAAUGCACCAGUUGAGAGUAUAGAAGAUCAUUAUCGUGUUAACUACUUUCUUCCUUUUAUUGACCACAUCAUUUCACAUUUGAAUUCCCGAUUUCCAGAAGAACUGAAAGCCAUUUUCUAUGGCAAUUACCUAGUUCCAGCCCUUUUGAAUAAGAUCAAUCCGGAAAUAGUAAAUGCAAUGAAAACAGAGUACAUGAAUGACUUACCACAUCCAAAUGAUCUACAACAAGAAAUUGACAGAUGGGCAGCAACAUGUGUCCGCGCAAACUUGCAGUCUGUAAAGACACUUACAGACUCGAUUAAGUAUGCCGAUGUGGAAUUGUAUCCAAAUAUUCAUGUAAUAUUAAAACUACUUCUGACAUUACCGGUCGGUUCUUGUGCGUGCGAGAGAUCGUUCUCAGCUUUGCGGCGUUUAAAAACAUGGUGCAGGGCAACGAUGACUGAGAAUCGACUGUGUGGUUUAGCCAUGUUGCAUGUUCACCGUAAUGACAAUGCAGGGAAAGUGAGUCCAGAAGCUGUGUUAAAAAGAUGGGAUCUCAGUGGAACUAGAAAGAUCGAACUUGCAUUCACAGACACUGACUAAUUAAUAAAAAUUAUCAAACAAAUCAA